AUGGCUCAAAACAUUCGUGAUUUGAAAGUACCAACACCUGCAGCUGAGCUGCCAGGUCAUGUCCUCGAUUUUUUCAAACUCAAGGGUAGAGUGGCAUCUGUGACAGGUGCAAGUGGUGGUAUUGGUUAUGAAGUUGCCCUUGGUUUUGCACAGGCCGGUGCCGAUGUCGCCAUGUGGUACAAUUCCAAUCCAAAGAUCGAAGAGGAAGUUGGUGAGUUGUCCAAGAAAUACGGUGUUAAGAUUAAGGCCUACAAAUGUUCCGUGACUGAUAGUGCCGACGUUGAACGAACUGUUGAUCAGAUCGUGAAGGAUUUCGGCAGGAUUGAUAUUCAAGUUGCUAACGCUGGUGUUGGUUGGAAUAGAGGUCCUAUACUCGACUACCUUGAGGAAGCCGGUAGAGAAGCUCUUGACAAGGAGUGGAAUAAAGUUAUUGAUGUGGAUUUCAACAGUGUUUACUAUGUGGCAAGGGCUACCGGUAAACAUUUCAAGAAGCAAGGAAAUGGUUCCUUGAUUCUAACGGCAUCGAUUUCUGGUCAGAUCGUGAACAUUCCUCAGAUGCAAGCCGCUUAUAACUCAGCUAAGGCUGGUGUCAUCCAUCUGGGUAGAUCCCUAUCAAUGGAAUGGGCAGGUUUUGCCAGAGUUAACACAGUUUCUCCUGGUUACAUUGAGACUCCUCUGACAGACCGUCUUUCUCAAGAAUUGCGUGAUCGCUGGAUCGAGUAUGUCCCAUUGGGUAGACUAGCCAACCCAAGAGAACUGGUUGGUGCAUACUUGUAUUUGGCAUCUGACGCUUCUACUUAUGUAACUGGUACCGAUAUUCGUGUGGACGGUGGUUACUGUGCAUUUUAA